AUGUGCGCCGCUGAAGCCGAGGAGCAGGAGGGCCCGCACGUCGCGAAGCCGCCCGUCAGCACCUUCCCGUCGCACGACACAUGGCAGGGGCUAAUUUGGGCCAUGCGGGCGCUCACGAGGCGUUGUUUCUGGGAGCUGUUCGCGGGCGCCUUCGGCUUGUCGAUGGCCUUCGUGGCAGAAGGGUGGCGCGUGGCCCCGCCGAUCGACGUCGUCUUGGGCCCGUCGAACAACUUGCUCAACCCGAUGUUCGCCUCCGUCGUCUUGGGCCUGCUCCUGGAGGACCGGGUCGCUGUCCUGCGCAUGUCGCCUCCUGCUUGCGCGCCCCGCCUCGGGCCCGCCGCCAGGCGCUCCUUGCUUGGCGCGGCGGCGGAGGCCACCGCGAGCUUCGGAAGGGCGCAGCACAAGGCGAAAGGGGCGUUCCAGGUCGAAGUUCCCCUUGACUUGGCACUGAUCUCAACGCAGGGUCUCGCGGAGCUUCUGGCCGAGACGAACGCGGCGGUCGUCCGGAGGGGCGCGUGCGUCGACAGCGCGCCCUGGAGACAGCCGACAUUACUAAUCUCCGCCGACCACCGCGUCCGCGCGCUGCAGGCCACGUGCCCCGGGGGCCACGUGCGCCGGAGGUUGCGCGGCAGGGCGCCUGACGGCCGGAAGUGGGCCUAUGCGGCCGCGGCCUUCUGGCCGGGAGUUGCGAGGAUCGUCGCCCAGCAUUGGGGAUGCGUCCGCGAUGCCGACGUGGAGCUGUGCAAGCAGCGCGCUGCUGGAUGGAUCGACGCCUCUGGGGCGGACAUGCGUGAAAUUGUGCAAGCUUCAGGGUUCAUGCCCUCGGGGCGCCGCGCGGCUGAUUCUGCUUCGCGCAAGGUGGCGGCGGCUAUGCAGCCGGUGCGCCGCGCUCUACCCCAGCUGGUUCCGGACGGUAUGUCCCCAGACGCUCGCGUGGCGGCCCUGGAGUGUCUGGCCGGCGCCGUGCGGCACGAAGACGAGAAGAUCACGCCGUUCUUCCAGCCAUGGCUGCGGCCGGCCUUGGGCCGGCGGUCGCUGGCCUUCAUUCGGGAGGUGAGUUUCUUUGUGAUGCCCAGGGGCAGGGACUUUCUCGCCGACGACCUCCGCGGGUUGCCCAAAAUCGGAUGGGCGCCCAGCUGCCCCGCUGCCCCCCCACGGCCGAGCCCGCCUCUGAAGCCGAUCGAGGAACUCGUCAAGGCCCAGGCCAACAGAAACCAAAAGAUCUUCAAGUCUACGCGGUCUUCUGGAGACGAUGCGCUGGACAGGGGGGCUUGGAGAAAAACAAAGGAAGAAUUCGAGCAGGGCGUCAUGUUAGGGCCGUUUGGCGCCGAGGCCGACGUGCCCGCGGAUUUUUGCUGUUUUUUUCGCCGGUUCCCCUUGCGGGAACGCCGCGGUGGUGCGGCGGGGCCGAGCUGCCGGGCCAUCGACGACAUGCUGGAGGGCGGCCACAACGAUACCGCAGGUACAUCCGAUGCGCGCGUGCCUUCGGGCCUGGAUAUGCGGGCCACGCAGAUCCGCGUGGCCGCGGAGAGGUUCGGCGAGGCUCUCCUCGGGCACGCCUCCGACUUUGCGAAAGCCUACCGCCAGCAGACGGCCGACCCGGCGACGGCGCACUUCAAUUGCAUCGUUGUCUACGACCCGGAGCGCCGCCGGCCUGUGCUGGCACUCCCUGUGGCCCAGUUGUUCGGCGGCAAGAAUUCCCCGUUGAACUUAGCACGGAUUCCCAUGUGUUGCGUGGAGUGCACCGCCUUGUUGUUCGGCGCGGCUUACACGCAUCGCGUCGACGACAUGCUGAACGUCGAGAGGGCGACAACCGCGUGGAGUUGCUGGAGGUCGUGGCGGAACUUCGCGCAGCUGUGCGGCUGGGACGUGCCGGACGUGAAGUCCCCGCCGCCGUCAGCCGAGCUACGCGCGUUGGGGGCUUGGACCGACCUGCGGCCGGCGCCGGGCGGCAGCCCUCUUAUCAAGAUCGCGGAUGAGAGGGCGCAGGAGUUGCGGAAGGAUGUUUUUGAUUGCCUUCACAGUUGGCGGCUCCGCUCCGGGCAUGCGUCUCGCUUGGUGGACCGCCUCGGGUUCGCGUCGACACAGCUGUUCGGCAGGCGCGGCCGGGCACAGCUGCGGUCCUUUGUCCGCAGAGCCCACGAGCCAGGCCGGGCGGAGCUGAACCCGCAGAUGGCUUCUGCCCUGCGUUGGUGGGCCGAGGCGCUCUUGCGCCAGCGCCCUCGCGAGGUCCUCACCGACCCGUCUUCCCUCGACUGGGUUCUCUCGUAUUCAGACGGGGAGGGCAGCGAGGCUGGCAUCGGCGUGGUGCUCUGGAGCAGCCGUCUGCCCGUGCCAGAGGCGGGGCGCAUUGUCGUCCCCCGGGAGCUCCGCCACCUGUGGCACCCGACCCUGGACACGGACCCCCUGGCCACCGACGUCUACGAAGUGGAGGCGCUCGGGCCGAUCCUCAUCCUCGACGAAAACUGGCUGGGGGUGAUGCAGGGGUCGUUGUGGUUGCACUUCAUCGACAAGGAGGGCGCCCUGAGCUGCCUUGUGAAAGGCGCUUCGUCGGUAUUUGCCGGAGAAGCGAUCGCUGGCAUGACGUGGGCCCGCAUUGCCAGCCAGAAGGUGUGGGCGUGGUUUGACAGGGCUGCGUCGGCCUCAGACGUCGUCGACGGUCUGUCCCGCGGGGACUGGACGCAGCCCUGGAAGUACAAGCCCAUUGUGCUGCCACGUGGCCUACAUGCCGCGCUCGGGGAGGCCCACGGGUCCUCCGCCAGCGCGAGGGACGGGCGCGGGAUGGCCUCCGCGAAAAGAUGCCGGGGGUAG